UAAAUUACUGGAGGUGUGGAUGGAGUUUGGGCGUGUCAAGCUGCCCCAGGGCAUGCACCCCAAUGACGUGGAGGAUGAGUGGGGCAAACUCAUCCUGGAGAUGCUGGAGAGAGAGAAGGCUCUGAGGCCGGCGGUCGAGAGGUUAGAGCUGUUACUACAGAUUGCUAAUAAGAUUCAGAACGGCGCGCUGGACUGUGAGGAGAAGCUGACCCUGGCUAAGAACACGCUGCAGGCUGACGUUUCUCACUUGGAGUCUGGUGAGCCGGUGCGGUACGAGCAGGACGUGGGGCUCUACCUGCAGGAGUGCGAGGGGUUAAUCCGGCAGCUUCAGGUCGACGCCCAGAUUCUGAGAGACGAGAGGUACUACCAGGUGGAGCAGCUGGUAUUCAGGAUUGUGCGUCUGCAGGAUGAGCUGGUAGCUCUGAAGUUGGAGUGCACCAGCCUGUACAGGAAGGGCCACUUCACCUCGUCCCUCAGCUCCUCUGAGCAGGGGGGCCCCCGGGGGCCCGGGCUCCUGACUGGGGAGGGCAGGGGUCUGUCUUGCGGUGCUGCCACCCUGCUGGGGGGGGCGCUGACCUGGCUGCGCAGACCCCUGACCCGUGGAGAGCUGGUGGCAGUGUCGUCUUCAGAGGACGAGGGGAAUCUGCGCUUCGUGUAUGAGCUGCUGGCCUGGGUGGAAGAGACACAGAUCGCUCUGGAGAGGGCGGAGUGGGGUACAGACCUGCCCAGUGUGGAGACGCAGCUGGAGACGCAGCGCACUGUGCACAGCACUGUGGAGGAGCUGCAGGGCAGUCUGCAGGAGGCCCGGACCCACGGGUCCAAAGUCUCUCCCAAUUUCCGAAGCAGCUAUUCAGAGACCUUAAGCAAGCUUGAAAACCAAUAUUGCAAGCUCCGGGAGACCUCCUCUCUACGGCUGCACUCUCUGACCUCGCUCCAUGCCUUCGUGUCCCGCGCCACGGUCGAGCUGAUCUGGCUCAAUGAGAAGGAAGAGGAGGAGCUGGCCUACGACUGGAGUGAGCAGAACCCCAACGUGGCGGCCAAGAGAGACUGCUUCACUGAGCUGAGGGCGGAGUUGGAUGAGAAACAGGAAGUGAUGCGAUCGCUGCAGGACACGGCGGAAAAUCUCUCCCUGGAGAAUCACCCCGCGAAGCAGACAGUGGAGGCGUACAGUGCUGCUCUCCAGACCCAGUGGCAGUGGGUUCUACAGCUCUGCUGCUGUGUGGAGCAGCACAUCCGAGACAAUACAGUCUAUUUCCAGUUCAUCAGCGACGCGCGCGACUCCGAGUCGUACCUGCGCAGUCUGCAGGACUCCAUCAAGAGGAAGUACACCUGCGAGAGGGGGAGUCGGCUGGGCUACCUCGAGGACCUGCUGCAGGACUCCAUGGAUGAGAAGGAGCAGCUGAUCCAGUACAAGAGUUCUGUGGCCAGCCUGGUGGGCCGAGCCAAGACUAUCGUCCAGCUGAAACCACGGAACCCGGACCACACCGUGGCCACAAGCAUCCCCAUCAGAGCCAUCUGCGACUACAGACAGAUAGAGAAUCUUCUCAGUAAGAAUGAUGAGUGUGUUCUGGAGGAUAACUGCCAGCGCAUCAAGUGGAAGGUGAUCAGCCCGACUGGCAAUGAGGCCAUGGUGCCCUCAGUGUGCUUCAGCAUCCCCCCACCCAACCAGGAGGGCAUGGACACCGUGACCAGGAUCGAGCAGCAGUACCAGAACGUGAUGACUCUGUGGCACCAGCUUCACGUGAACAUGAAGAGCGUGGUCUCCUGGAACUACCUGCACAAAGACAUCCAGAACAUCUGCUCCUGGACACUGGACACGGUGAAGACUCAGUCUGCGCAGGAGAGGCAGCAGGCUCUGGAUCACAUGACCUCUCACCUGUCGGAUUUCCUGGAGGACAGCAGGGAGAGUGAGCUGUUCACACUGACGGAGCGGCUGAGCUGCGAGGAGGAGGUGCGUCGGAGCCAGGAGCACUGCCAGGGCCUGCUGGAGUCCAUGGAGACAGAAGUGAAGGAUGAUGGCCUCUGUCGCUCCUACCUGUCUCAGCUCCGUGACAUCAGACUGCACCUGGAGGAGGCGGAGCAAAGACUGACCCGGCGCAUACAGGCCCCUCCCACUGCCAUCGCCAGGGAGGCGGAGGCCAGCCAGGACAGCGCCCUGCGCAUCAAAGAGCAAGAGCGGAUGCAGCUGGAUCUGGACCGGCUGCACUCUGACCUGGGAGAGGUGUCUCAGAAGUGUGUCAGUUUCUUCCAGCAGUCCCCUUGCUCUGGGAGUGUGCCGGAGCUGAGAGCAGAGCUCAACCUGGCUGUGGAGAGGAUGGAGCGCGUGCAGUCACUGUCCUCCGUAUACCUGCACAGGUUGAAGACUGUGGAGGUGCUGGUUCAGAGCACUCAGGCUGCUGAGAGUCUGGUGAAGAAGUACGAGAGCAAACUGAGCGAGGAGGAGAUUGUACCGGCAGACCUGUCUGCUAUACAGAGACACCGAGAGCAGCUACAGCUGUGGCGCUCUGAAGCCCGGGAGAAGGACCCGGUGUUGCAGGUUCUGGAUGAGGAAGUCCGCAGGGCCCGGGAGGCUCAGGAGAAGCUCUUCCAGCAGCACCAGGAGAGGAGCCCAGAACUGGAGCUGUUCCAGGAGAGAGCGGGCCAGCUGAGAGAGCGCUGGGGCAGCGUGCGCUCACAGAUAGAGACCCGACAAUCGGACCUGGAGGGUAUUGCUCAGGUUCUGCUGGAUUACCGGGACCAGCACGGUGCGCUGAUCCGAUGGAUCGAGGAGACGACCGCACAGCAAGAGGCCAUGCAGCCCGGCCAGGCCGAGGACAGCAGGGUGCUGUCAGAACAACUGAGCCAGCAAACGGCGCUGGUAGUAGAGAUAGAGAGGAACCAGGAGAAGCUGGAUGAGUGUCAGACCCACUCCAGGCAGUACUGCUCCUCUGUCAAGGAGUAUGAGCUGCAGCUCAUGGCGUACAGAGCCUUCGUGGAGUCACAGCACAAGUCCCAGGUGAAGCGAAGGAGGCUGCACUCGUCGUCCGACGCCAUCACUCAGGAGUUCAUGGAGCUGCGCACACGCUACACGGCGCUGGUUACCCUGACGACGCAGCACGUGAAGUACAUCAGCGACGCACUGCGCAGGCUGGAGGAUGAAGAGAAAGCCCUGGAGGAGGAGAAGCAGGCUCGCGUGGGCCAGGUCUCUGAGCUGCUAGGCUGGGCUCUGAGGGUUAAGGAGAGUCUGGGGAGCCGGAGGGGCACUCCGGAGAGAGGGGACAUCGAGAGAUCACUCUCACAGCAACAGGCUGCCCAGGAGGAGCUGGCUACUAGGAAGGAAGAGGUGGCGGAGGCUGUCAGGAACACACAGAUCUUCCUGCAGUCCAAACAGGCCAGCAAGCUGUCCCCGAGGGAGAGGGAGCAGGUCACGGCUCAGCUGGAUUCCCUGAACCAGACCUACAGCCAGCUGUGCAGCCGGAGCAGCCAGCAAGUGCAGGAGCUGCAGGGCCGGCUAGCGGAGGAGAAGGAUCGCAAGGGAGGCUCUGUCAUUGCUGGAGUCAUUGAUUUGGGCACAGUGGAGAUUUUCCCUGUUUUCCAAGCCAUGCAGAAAGGGCUAAUCGACCAGGACACAGGGCUGGCGCUCCUGGAGGCUCAGCUAGCCCUGUCCGGACUGACUGUCCCGGACACCAGAGAGUCUCUCUCAUUGGAGGAGGCGCUGCGGCGCAAAGUGAUCGACGAGAGGAUCGGCCAGUCCUUACAGGCUCUCCAGACAGCCCUGGAGCUGGUGGAUCAAUCGCAGCUCAGGAACGAGAAGCUCCACCCAGUAGUGUUGGCUGUGGAGUCGGGGGCGAUUGAGGAGCAGAUGGGUUUGAAGAUACUGGAGCUGCAGGUUUCCGCUGGGGGGCUGAAGGCAGGAGGAGGGAGGCUGCUGAGCUUGGAGACUGCCUCCGAGGAAGGGCUUCUCACCCCCCAGGUCAGAUCCAAGCUGGAAGCCCACUUGAAGACGUGCAGGGAGCUGAUUGACCCCAACACAGCGGAGAAGCUGAGCCUGUCAGAGCUGGCCCGCCGCUGCCUGACCCACAAGGAGAGCGGCUGCAGGCUGCUUCCAGUGAAGCAGCUGGCGGGGGGGAUGGUGUGCCUCAAAUCGGGCAGGCAAGUCAGCAUCUUCCGAGCGGUGCAGGAGGGUCUGAUUGACCGGCAGGUGACAGUGAGGCUGCUGGAGGCCCAGCUGUUCGCUGGAGGGAUUGCGGACCCCCGUUCGGGGCACCGGCUCACCGUGGACGAGGCGGUGAGGCACGGGUUCAUCGACCAGGACAUGGCCUGUGCCAUCCUGAUCAGGCAGCUGCAGACUGGCGGGGUCAUCGACCCCCUGAGCGGCCGGAGGCUGACGGUGGACGAGGCCGUGCAGAAAGACCUGGUGGCCUCGCGAAGAGCUCUGGUCAUCCUGGAGUCCCUGUGGUCCUUCAUGGGGCUGCUCUGGCCAGAGACUGGGGAGAUACUGCCCGUGGCGGAGGCUGUCCAGCAGGGGGUGCUCUCCACUGAGCUGGCCGGAAGGAUUUUAGGCCAGAGGAAGAGCGUCGGGGCACUGUAUGUACCCGAAACGUGCGAGGUGGUUCCUUUGGAGAAGGCUGCAGAGCUGCUGGGUGAAGACUGUGUGGAGGUCUUGAAGGGGGCUCGCAUCCCGGACAUGAUGCCCACUAUGACUCUCUCGGGGUCUCCCUCUAUUAACAGGCUCAGCUGGGGGUCUUCCUCGUCCUCUAACGGAGGCUCUCCGCCGGCCCCUCGCUACGACCCCAAACCGUGCCGGACCGGAGAGCAGGUGGAGGACCCGAGAGCCGAGGUGGAGCAGAGGCUUUUCUUCCACCUCAUGACUCACAGUUACAUCAACGUGCACUCCGGACAGAGGCUCGUGCUGCUUGACCAGGAGCUUUCGGAGGUGGCCUGCGGACUGGCUGUGGCCAAAGUUUGCUCAGGGGGAAAAGAUGAGGCCGAAAUGGAAACGGAAGAGUUGGUGUUACAUGGGAAUGUGGAGGCUGUGGAAAAGCAGGCGGGGAAGGCGGGGGCAGCUGGAAUGUGGGCAGCCGGAACUUUGAGGGAGGAAGGAUUCGGGAAAGAGAAGCUGAAGGGAGAGGGCGAGGUAGAUAAAUCUUCCAGGGUGCAGAGAGCGGAGUUCAGAGAGAGCCAAAAAAGAGAUGGAAAGUCAAAAGCAAAGAAAGAGGCAAUGAGGAGAGGAGAGGAGGAAUCGAAGAGAGAGAGACGGGUGCAGACAGUAGAAGCUGAUGAGACAGGAGAGAAAGUUGUCCCCGGAUUUCAGUCUGCAGGUAGAGUUGCCACAGUCAGGAGUCCCUCUGCAAAGGAACAGCGUGCGCCUGUGUCGGGAAAGCCAGAAGAAUCCCAGUCUGAACUAAAAAGAAUGAAACUGGACAAAAAGGAGAGGAAUAAAUCAGGAAAGGACAAAAGGGAGGCUGAGAAAAUGCCCAGAUCCGGCACAGACGCAAACAGAGGCCAGUCUUUCACUGACUGGAAACUAGAACCGGUUUUGGCAGCAAUGGAGAAUGAGGGUGUGUUGCCUUACACAGGGGCUGAACGGGAGACCUCCUUGAUGAUGGAACAGGAGCAGAUGGAGACUGAAGCAGUGAUACACGGUCCACAGCUCAUGGAACAAUUCCAGAUAGAGACAAAGCAAACCCAAUCAGAUAGAAAAGAAUCUGAGCAUUACCAGUCCGAUUUACUACAGUCCCAAUGGGAGGUGAAGCAGCAAUCCCAGUUUGAAUUCAAGCAAUCCCAGUCUCGGGACGUCAGGAAUGGCGGACGCAUCCCAUUGCUUGAGGAAAGACUCGCGAUUGCAGAAGAGGGUGAGGAUAGCGUGGCCAGGACUGUGGUCACCCAGGAGAGAGAGGAGCUGGGAGGAAACCUCCAAACACCUGUUACCAAGCCACACGGAUCCAUCGCCCAGAGCUGGAAAAAAACACAAACCGCCUCAAGGGUCUUGCAAACCAGAAUCCAGGAAGAGUCAAGCCCCGGGAAAUCAAUCGCUGCCUCCUCGUCAACAAACACACGAACCACGGGACCACAGACUGCUUCGGAAUCUGUCACAGUGGACUCUGACGAGGAGACUUUCCUUCAAGUCCUGGCCUCCCAGCUCCGAGAGGGGGGCAUCGUUUACAAGAAGCCGGGGGCCGGGGGAGAAGGGAGGAAGCUGCUCCUGGACGAGGCUCUGUCUCUGGGGGUGCUGCAGGGCCACACCGCGGUCAGACUGAUGGAGAAGCUGGGGCUCUUCGGGGGCUUCUUCGACUCGGAGGUCUGCGAGGUGCUGAGCGUGGACGAGGUGCUGGAGGAAGGUCUGAUGGAUGAGGAGCUGAUGCAGAAGGUCUUGAGGUCGGAGAAAUCUGUCUCGGGGGUUUUCGACGCCAGCAGCGGCGGGAGCCUGUGUACGGUGCAGGAGGCUUCCCGGAGCGGGCUGCUGGACCGGGAGACUGCCGCGAGACUCCUGGAAGGCCAGGUGGCGUCCGGAGGGAUCGUGGACCUGAGGAGAGGGAAGAAAGUCUCAGUCACCCUGGCCUCCAAACUGGGGCUCAUCGAGGAAGGGACCCUGCGGGAGGAUCUGAUGAAGCUGGAGAAAGCUUACAAGGGCAAAGGCGUGGACAAAGAGACUGGGCUGAGGAAACUGGGGCUGCAGGCAGAGAUGGAAGGAGCCCUGGACCCUGAGACUAAAGAGCCUGUCCCACUGAGCCAGGCUAUAGAGAGGGGGCUGGUGGACAGGGAGCAAGCCUCGCAGGUCCUGGCCAGGCAGGUUGCCGAUGGGGGGAUCAUUCACCACGGCUCUGGGAUGAGGCUGUCCGUAGAGGAUGCGUUGGAUCGAGGGCUGAUCGACAGGGACUCUGCUCAAGAGCUGGCACAGGUAGAAAAGGCCUGCAAGCAACAGUACGUCCAUCCAGAGACCAAGGAGCGGAUUGCCUUGCCCCAGGCCACGGCUCUGGGACUGGUCGACAGGGAUUUAUCCAACAGGGUUCAAGAAAUCCAGGCGAUGAGCGGGGGCUGUAAAGACCCGGACACAGGGGUGAGGCUCAGCCUCACGGAGGCAGUUCAACGGGCGAUGCUGGAGAAGCCAGCGGUGGAUAGAGCAAUGGCCGCGCCGGCUAUGCAGAGGUGCGUUCUGGAUCCCGAGAGGGCGACGGCCAUGCCCUACUCUGAGAUUGUGAACAGGGCCAGGAUCGACAUCGAGACCGGGCAGAGGUUCCUGCGUGUCGGGCCUUUCAGAGGAAUCAGAGACGACGUCACCGGUGACCUCGUUCCUGUUUCCCUGGCGAUGAGAGCGGGGAAAAUCGACCCGGUCCCCGCGCUGAGGAUCCUGCAAUGCCAAGCGGACUCCGGAGGGAUCAUAGACAUCGCCACGGGCGACCGGCUGAACCUCGCCGCUGCUCUCCGGCACGGAUUGGUCACUGAAGACAUGGCAAAGCUCAUCGCGACCAAUCAGCUGGCGGCAGGGGGCAUCGUAUCCCCCGUCUCCAGGGGGAGAAUUAUCAGCCUUGAAGAAGCGGAGGCCAAAGGACUGAUCACAAAGGAAAUGGCCGCAGACAUUCAGAGCAAUGUGGUGAAUCUGGAGGAAGGCGAGCGAGUCCUUGAGCAAGGUGAGGAAUCGCGGACCCCACACGGGACACCCCGAGGGGACAGAGGUGCUGGGAUGCCGUCUUAUUCCAGUAAAGACUUUUCCGGUCUGGAUAGCAUGCCUCGCAAGCAGGCAGGUGAACAAGCGUUCCCUUCUAGCACCUCGAAACACAUCACAGACACCACCGUCAAGGACAGUCCAAGCCAACCGGACACCCCGUUAAUAACAGGAGAGAGAGCAGAAAACAGUACCCGCCCGGCGUUUACAUCUGCACGGACUCCAGGGAAGGAGGACUUUGCAGAAAUGGAAAUAACCAGCACUGAGGCCAAGGAAAGCUGCCUCAUACUGGAACGGGAUGUGACUGUUCAUUCCGAACGCCUGGGAGACGAAACCCAGAAGGAUGUCAGCGACUCGGGCGAGAGAGUAGAGGCAGGGUUAAAGACUCUGAUGCCGGAACGUGAAGCAGAGGAAGGGCUGUCGGAGGCGGGUGGCAUCAGAAGGGAAGCUGGUGAGCCACUUUCCUUGGAACUGGAGACACAGCAGCUGCAGCUACUGCAACAGCAAGCAGUCCAUCAGAAAGUGAAGCCCAAGCCCAGCCUGACGGCUUCCUCCGAUCGUACAGAGGGUUUGGGAACUAGAACGUCUGUUGCGGAGAGCAUCAUUCAAGUGAAAGAGUCAGAGGAAGUUGCAGAACAAGAUUGUGAAAGCACAGAGGUGCAGAGCACGCUUGACGAUGGGGAGGGAGAAGUACAGACCCAGGUCAGUCUCUGUGAUAGAGGAGUAGAUAUCACUGAGGGGAAACAGGCAGGUGAUAAACCACUUGUGCAGCGAGAACUGGAGAGUGAGGUUCUAAAAACAGGGAACGAUGGUCAAGGCAGAGUUGGUACUGAUAGGAAAGGUGCGGACAAAGAACAUCUAGAGAGAGAAAGAGGUGCAGGUUUGGAAGCAGAUGAACAGAUACAGACCCGGGUUCAAAACGAAAGCAGGUUAGAGAGCAUGGAGGAGGGUUCAGUGAUCCCAGAUAAGGGAAUUGAUAGAGGAAUGGGUUUCAUUGUCGUUGAUAGGGAAGUUGGAGAGCAGACAGAGAACGGGGUCACUUACACAUCCAACACAGAAGGGGUUCAGGGAGACUUGGGAAUAGGAGGAGACGACAGACCACUUUCAGAGGAUAGAGGGGCUGUAGGUUUGGAGGUUCAGGUGCAAACCAAGCUCCGAGAUAAAUCUGCCAAAGCUAAACUUUACAACGCAUCGAUAGGCUUGGGUGAGAGAGGAGGUAGAGGCGGGGACAGGGAAAGGGAGGCAGGAGAUGAUGGGCCACUUUCAGAGGAAGCGAGUCAGGCUGGUUCAGUAACUCAGGAAGUCAUGAGAAUGGAAGUGCAGCAGGUUUCAGCAGCAGAGGAUGCAGCUCUUGAAGAGGAAGCGAACAGCGGUUUAGAAGGAGAGAGGAACGUGGAGCCCAGUUCCAAAGAACGCAAGGAGAGGGAAGCUCUUCUCCUGAAGGCCAAGGAGAGCAUCCGGAGGAAAGUGUACGAGCGAGCGGUGAGUGAGAAGCAGAUGGCCGAGGAGCUGGAGGCGAUGAGGAGAGGAGCUGGGCUGAAGGAGAGAGGACUCGGGUUCGAGGGAGAGGGGCUAGUUGCUCAAGGGGGGGGACAGGUUGCUACGGAGGUAGAGAAAAAAAAGGAGCCUGUGCCAACCUCUAGAGGGGCUCUGGAGUCUCUACAAAAGAGAUUGGAUACAGCAGGAGAGAAGCUGGAGAUGAAAUACAACGAUGGGAGAACAAGAGGAGACGCUAAAUCAGAAACUGUGAGGGACUUGCUUGAGCUUCCCGUUGAUUCACUGGUGGGGAAAAUGCGGGAUGAGUCGUCCAUUGAUGGAGACCAGAGAACACAGACAGGCUCCAGAUUGAAAGGUGCUACUGAAGAGCAGACAGAUUUCAACUUGGACACUUCUGAAGAGGGGAGAGAAACUGAGACCAACGAGAUGGGAAUAUCCAUAGGGAAGCAAGUUCAGCCGUCCAAAGUUUCUCUGGGAAAGCCAGAAUUUUCUCGCAGAGAUAGCCAGGACAGGACAGUCGAGUCAGUGUGGACCCCUCUGAAGGAACAAAGGACUGGCCAGCCAGAAUCUGAGGGGGAACCAGUAACUCCAGAGAUUACCCCAGCAGGGACCUAUUUCCGUGAGCACCUCAGUGGCUCCAGCCUCUCUGUGGACAGUGUCAGAUUGGAAAGAGAGGACACGGGAUUGGAUUUUAUUACCAGGCAGAGGCAAGGGAUCCUGUUGGACUCUGUUACUUCUCUUGAAGAAGAAAAAGCAUUCAUUAAAGUGGGAGAACCUGGUGAGGGAGUCAAACAGACAUCAAGUGAAACAGAUCGACCCGAGACCCCAGAGGGUCAGGUGUCAGGAGAGAAGGCCACAGCUGAGGUUCUGGAUUGGGCUCCUUCUGCACAGAAGACUCCAUCAGCAGAUGCCAGUGUCGAUGGAGGUCAGCUUUCCCAGCUCCACUCGAAAGAGAGCAAGGAGCUCCUACUGGAAAAGAUCAAGAAGGAGCUGAAACUGGGAACCAAACUGGAGAGGCGUCCAGAGAAACCAGUGGAGCAGAGAGAGGCUGGCCCUGCCAUGGAGGGGGUCACAGAGAGACCCCAGGACACUGAACCCCUAUCCCAGUCCAGAGAGACCCCAGAGUUGACGGACGAUCCAGUGGGGGGGAAGGAUGAUGAGACGCCACAGGGAGAGGACAGGAAACCAGCCAAACUCAUGAAGCCCUCGCUCUCCCGUCAGCAGUGUCUGGAACACGACGAGCGCCUGGUCGCCUUCCUCUCACUGGUCCUUCACAUCGAGCUCCGCCUCAAAGAGCAGCAGCAGCAGCCAAUGGGGAGCAGCGUCAGCGCCCUGCAGGAGAGCAUCCGCCAGACUGAGACUCUGGACUCGGAGCUGAGCUCCCUCUCGGAGGAUGUGGCUCGGGAGCUGGACCACGUGGCGAGUGUCGUGGCGUCGCCCCCGCGGGACGUUCCCGCGCAGCUGCUGCUGGCGAUAGAAAAGGACGCACGCAACCUGCAGCGAUCGUACAGUGCCGUGCACGGGGUCUCCCAGGCCAGGCUGCAGGCACUCCGGACUGCGCAGGAGCAAGAGAGGUGUAAGCUGCUCUCGGAGUUGCAAUCUCUGGAGGGCAGGGCUCUUGCUCUGCAGGGCUGGCUGGGAGAGACGGGGGGGGCAGAGUGUCCUGGGGACCCCCCCCAGCUCACACACAACCUGCAGGAGCUGAAGGCUGGACUGGCAGAGCGCUCUGCCUCCCUCGACUCCAUUGCCUUCGAUAUCCAGCUCUUCAUCUCUGAGCGUGCCCAGGACCUCACCCCGCAGCAGAGCAGGCAGCUACUGAGACAGCUAAACGAGCUGCAGAGGUCCUUCCGCGAGGCGUCGGGGCACGCAGCCGCCAGGACAGAGGCGCUGCUCGCCAUCGCGGUGCACGAGAGAGAAACGGAGAAAGAGACGAAGGUGAUUCAGAAGCAACAUCAGGAGUGCGCUCAGAAGCUGGACGAGCUGGCGCUCUGGUUGGCCGAGGCAUCCAGCACAGUGACCAAUCAGCAGGCAGAGUCCGGCGGUGCCGAUGAUGUCACCAGCCUGCAGCAGAAACAGAGCGAGGUCAAGGCUCUACAGAGUGAUCUCCAGUCCCGCUCUGACAGUGUUGCAGCGCUCAUCCAGUCCACGGAGGAGUUCCUGUCGGAGUGCGGGGCUCGCUUGUCCCCUGGGGAUCGCGCCGCGAUGGAGAGGAAGCUGAGCGCUGCGCGGGGGCAGUAUGCAGCGCUGAGAGAGAGCUCCCAGGCCGCGCAGAGAGCGCUGGACUCUGCACUCAGCAUGGCACUGCAGCAGCAGAGCCAGAAGGAGAAGGCUGCUGAAGAGCUACAGGUGAACAGGACCCAGAUCGGGGAGCUGCUGAGCUGGGUGUCGACCCUUGGAGGGGCAGGAACCGCCCUGACGCAGGGGGGACCGGAGACAGUGCAACACCAGCAGGCCCAGGGGAGCGGAAUGGGGGUGACGCAGCUCGAUUCCUCCGCCUCUCUGCAGCUGGAGGAGAGUCUGGAGUCCCAGUGCGAGAGGCUGAAGGCACACCACAAGGAGCUCCUCUCCCAGCAGCCAGCCUUCAUCCUGGCCACCCAGUCAGCGCAGGCCUUCCUAGACAGGCAUGGCGAGAGCCUGGCACCGGGGGAGAAGGAGAGGCUGAGCUCGGACCUGGCCAGCCUGCGCGCUCAGUAUGAGGGCCGGCUGUCCCGCUGCGAGGCCCAGCUCAAGAGAGCCGCGGGGCUGAGGGAGGAGCUGGACAAGUUCCUGACGGAGCACGGGGAGUUCUCCUCCUGGAUGGAACUGAGCGAGCGGGAGCUGCGUUCCCUGGGGGAAGGGCAGAGCGACGCGCAGGGGCUGCGGGACAGGGCCGAGCGGCACAGGAAGUUCUCCGAGGACGUCAUCUGCCACAAAGCCGACCUGAGGUUCAUCACCAUCUCAGGGCAGAAGGUUCAGGAUGCGGCCGGUUCUGGUACCGAUGAGGGGGAGUCUGAACUGGACCCCAGUUCCACCAGACUGCUGGUCCAGGGCAAGCUGCAGGACGCUACUGAUAGAUUCUCUCAGCUGCAUGCCAAGUGCUCCGUGCUGGGCUCCCACCUGACCCGGGUCCUGGAGCGGUACCAGCAGUACCAGGACGAGACGGGCUCUCUGGAGACGUGGCUACUGGGCCAGGAGCAGAACUGUGAGAGGCUGCUGAGCGAUACCACCGACCCAGAGAGCCUGCAGAGACAGCUGGACGUGACCAAGGAUCUGCAGGGGGAGCUGGAGGAUCACCUGGCGCAGGUAGAGAGAUUGAAGCGAGCGACGCGCGCCCUGCUGGAGAACGAGGAGCAGCCCAGACUGAGCCCAGAGCCCAUCCGCAGCAUUGCAGACUCCCUGCUAACCCGGUUCGAGGCCCUGUCCCAGACGGUGUUGGAGCGGUCCGAUAAGCUCCAGGCGGCAGUGGCCCAGUCUCAGAGCGUGCAGGAGGGGCUGGGGGGGCUGCUGCACUGGCUGGGGGGAGUGGAGGGGUCCCUGCGGGGCCAGGACAGAGUGCAGCCGUCCGCCAGAGCAGUGCAGGAGGCCCUCGCACACAACCAGAAGCUGGGCCGGGACCUGCUCUCUCGACAGUGCAGUGUGGAAGCUACCCGCCAGGCUGUGUCUCAGUUCCUGCAGACUGCAGACGCAUCGACGGCCACCAGCCUGCAGGGGGAGCUCUCGGAGCUCUGCCAGCGCUUCGGGGCCCUGCGGAGCGGGCAGGAACAGAAGGAGGCGGAGCUCAGGGGGGUCCUGCCCAAACUGGAGACCUUCGAGAGGCUGGCCUCGCAGAUACAGGAGUUCACCGAAACCAGGGGCAGAGCGCUGGAGACUGGGAGCCAGCCAGAGAGAGACAUGCAGGACUUCAAUCAGAGGAUAGAGGAGCUGAGGGGAGAGCUGACCCAGGAAGCAGACAGUCUCGGCACACUCCGAGCGCUGGGGGCGGAGCUUAGCGACUCAGGGGUCCUCGCAGACACACACCGCCUGCAGGACACUGUCAGAGAGGUGUCCGAGCAGUUCACCCGACUGGAAACCAAUGUCAAGCAGAGAGCCGCAGAGGCCCAGUCCUGCCAGUUGCAGAUGGAUAAGUUCAGAUCGCUUGUUGGCGCCCUCCAGAGGUGGCUGCAAGGAGUGCGGGAGCAGCUGCCAGCCACUGAGCCAGCCCUGAGUACUGAGGGGCUGGAGAUCCGGGUUCAGGAGCUGAAGGCUCUGCUGGUUGACUGGGAGUCGCAAGGAGCGAGGGUGCAGGAGAUGAACCGGGCAGGAGCCGAGCUGGAGACAUUCAUCAUCGAGAUCACGGCGCCCAAGAGCCAGAGCAGAGCCGGUCCUCCCCAGCUUCAUGGAACCGAUGGCACCAGCAGUGUAAACGGGAUCCACACCUGCAAAGACCUGACUGAGAUCCAGUGCUCCGUGGUGGACGCUGGCCGCGGGUACGAGUCUGUAGGGGCGGAGCUGGGGCAGAGGCUGGGGCUCCUGGGGGCCAUGCUGGAGCAGAGGCUGGGGGCCCGCAGGGAGGCAGCCUCCAUCGCUAGCUGGCUGGAGGAGAAGGAGCAGGCCCUGAGCCAGCAGCAUCUACACCAGGGGGCCUCUCCCUCCAAGACUGAGGCAGUGCAGGAGCAGGUCCAACAGAACAAGGCCCUGCUAGCUGAGCUGGAACAGCACUCUGGGAAGGUGGAGGACCUGAAGCAGUCCCUCCGAUCCCUGAUCGAGUGGAACCCAGACUCCCCAGAGGCAGAGAGCUGGAGGAAGACACUGCAGGACAUCGACACCAUGUGGUUGCGAGCCAUGCAGACGGCCUCUGAGCGCCAGGCUCAGCUGGAGCAGUCUGCCAGCCUGCUGGUCAGCUUCACUGCAGCAGAGUCCCAGCUGCGGCCCUGGCUGAACGAGAAGGAGCUGAUGAUGAGUGUGCUGGGACCCCUCUCCAUCGACCCCAACAUGCUGGGCACCCAGAGACAGCAAGUGCAGUUCAUGCUGAAGGAGUUUGAGACACGUCGUCCCCAGUUCCACCAGCUCACCCAGUCCGCGGAGGGCAUCCUGCACGCCGCUCCUUUGGGGGCGGAGCCUGGCUCCCCGUCCUGCGAGAUUGUGCGCGAGCAGCUGGGUGCGGUCACAGGGAAGUGGGAGGAGCUGACCUCCCGGCUGGAUCUGCGCUCGGAGCACAUCGACCAGGCCCAGGGGACCAGCGCUCGGUACCAGGCCCUGCUGGGGAGCCUGUCCACCAGGCUGGCCGAGCUGGGAGAGCGGCUGGAUUCGCAGGCCGCGCUCAGCACGCAACCCGACGCGCUCCAGAGGCAGCUGGAGGAGACGAGCGGGGUCCGGGCGGAGCUGGAGCAGAGCCGGGAGGAGCUGGGCGAGGCGCGGGAGCUGUGCGAGGAGCUGAGCCGACUCAUCGGGGAGCCCUACCUCCGGGAGGAGCUGAGGAAGAGGCUGGAGGCCGUCAGCGCCCCCUUCAGGAGCCUGGAGGAAAGGGCAGCGGAGGGCAUUAACCAGCUCCAGAGCGCCCUCUCCAGCUCCCAGCAGUUCCAGCAGAUGUUUGACGAGCUUCGAACCUGGCUGGACAAACGCAGGGACGAGCUCCGAUCCUCCCCUCCCGUCUCCGGGCUCCUGGGGCCCCUGAAGGACCAGCUGCAGGAGCAGGAGGACUUCCAGAAAGGACUGAACCAGCAGCGGGGGACCUACGAGCUGAUCCAGUCCCAGGGACAGAGCUUGCUCCUGUCUGUGGGCCCAGGUGAGGAGAGGGGCGCUGUGCAAGCUCAGCUGGGCUCCCUGAGACAGCACUGGGAGGAGCUGGGGAAGGAGUCCUCGGAGAGGCAGGGCCAACUCAGGGAGUGCCUGGGGAGGGCAGAGAGAUACCAACAGCACCUCCAGGAGCUCCUACCCUGGAUUGAAAGCUGCGAGGCCAGGGCUGGGGAGCUGGAAGUCAGCCUGGACCUGGAGAAGCUGGAGAGGGGGCUGCAGAAAGCCAGGGCGCUGGGGCAGGAGGCAGAGAAGCGGAGGUCCCUGCUGGAGACCCUGAACGCCUCUGCGGACCUCCUGAUCGAAUCCUGCGAGGCCGGGGAGGAGGAGGUGAGGGACCAGAAGGCAGAGGCCAACCGGCGGAUGGACUUGGUCUCCGAGCUGCUCCAGAGUCGCGCGGCCGCGCUGGAGGAGAUGGCGGGCAGGCUGAAGGAGUUCCGGGACAGCCUGGGAGGGGUGGAGAGGAAGCUGGAGGCUGCCAGGCACCAGCUGGAGAUCCAGGAGGCCCUGGGGCCGCAGGCCUACAGCGGGAAGAGCAUGGAGAAGAUGAGGGCCCAGCUGGAAGGUCUGCAGGCCGUUCAGCCCCAGGUGGAGUAUCUGAGGGACCUGGCCAGGGGGCUGCUGGAGGACGCCCCGGCAGGGGGACAGGCGGAGGACUGCGCACUGCUGGACAGGCAGGCCCGCGAUGCAGAGAGGGAGUUCAGCUCGGUCAGGGAGAAGCUGUAUGAAUGCUGCUCCGCUCUGGAAGGCAGGCUGCAGGGUGUCAGUCAGGUCCAGAUCCGGGUUCGAGAUGCCUUCUCCCGGCUCGCUGACCUGGACGACGAGCUGGACGGGAUGGCCCCCGUGGCGCGGGACCCCGACUCCCUGCAGUCACAGGCUGAGGACGUGCGGCUCUUCCUGUCCCACCUGGACUCCCUCCGCUCAGAGCUGCAGGGCUGCAACGCCGAGGCCCAACGCAUGCUGCAGGAGGGAGAGGGGGCCAGUCCUGACCUGCUGGCCCUCAAGAGAGAGCUGGAGGCCCUAAGCAGACAGGGGGCCAAGCUGGGGGACAGGGCUCGGGGCCGGCUGGAGCAGGUGGAGGGGACCGCGCAGAGGCUGGAGGAGUUCUAUGCGGAGCUGAGGGAGGUGAACACCCUGCUGGGAACGGCAGAGGAGAGCCAUGCUGCUCAGGGAGUGGUGGGGAGCGAGGUGGAGGUCAUCAGCCAACAGCUUGCCGAUUUCAAGGUGUUCCAGAAGGAGCUGGGGAAGCGCACAGGCAGCGUCCAGGCUCUGAAGAGAUCCGCCAGAGAGCUCAUCGACACGGCCAGAGACGACACCACCUGGGUCAAAGUGCAGCUGCAGGAGCUGACCGCCCGCUGGGACGCUGUGUGCAAACUGUCUGUGAUCAAGCAGAGCAGGCUGGAGCAGGCUCUCAAACAGGCGGAGGAGUUCAGGGCUGCAGUUCAGCAGCUGCUCGAGUGGCUGUCGGAGGCAGAGCAGACCCUGCGGUUCCGAGGGCUCCUUCCAGACGAGAGAGACAUGCUGCAGAGCCUCAUCGACCUGCACAAGGAGUUCAUGAAGAACGUCGAGGAGAAACGUGUUGACGUGAACAAGGCUGCCGGGAUGGGAGAGGAGAUUCUGACAGUGUGCCACCCCGACUGCAUCACCACCAUCAAACACUGGAUCACAAUCAUCAGAGCUCGCUUUGAAGAGGUCAUGACCUGGGCGAAGCAGCACCAGCAGAGACUGGAGACAGCACUGGCUGAACUGGUCAACAACGCAGAGCUACUGGACCAGCUGUUGUCAUGGCUACAGUGGGCAGAGACCACCCUGAUCCAGAGGGACCAGGAGCCCCUCCCACAGAACAUCGAGCUGGUCAAGGAGCGAAUCGCAGAGCACCAGUCGUUCAUGGAGGAGAUGACUCGGAAGCAGCCCGACGUUGACAAAGUGACCAAAACAUACAAGAGGAAGACAGCGGGACCUUCAUCCCUGAGCCUGGCGGAGAAAUCCCGCGCUCGCAAGGCCCUGUCUCACUCCCCCAGCCCCCUGCAGCUCUCUGCUCAGUCGGAGUUGAAAAGCCCUCGAGUCACUCAGCUCUCGGCUCGCUGGCAGCAGGUGUGGCUCCUUGCCCUGGACCGGCAGCGCAAGCUCAACGACACCCUCGACAGGCUGGAGGAGCUCAAGGAGUUUGCAAACUUUGACUUCGACGUGUGGCGCAAGAAGUACAUGCGCUGGAUGAACCACAAGAAGUCUCGGGUGAUGGACUUCUUCAGACGCAUGGACAAGGACCAGGACGGGAAGAUCACCAGGCAGGAGUUCAUCGACGGGAUCCUCGCCUCCAAGUUCCCCACCAGUAAGCUGGAGAUGAUGGCGGUAGCGGAUAUCUUCGACGGCGAUGGCGACGGCUACAUCGAUUACUACGAGUUUGUGGCGGCUCUGCACCCCAACAAGGACGCCUACCGCCCCACCACCGACGCGGACAAGAUCGAGGACGAGGUGACGAGGCAGGUGGCGCAGUGCAAGUGUGCAAAGCGCUUCCAAGUGGAACAGAUCGGAGAGAACAAGUAUCGGUUCUUCCUGGGGAAUCAGUUCGGAGACUCUCAGCAGCUACGACUGGUCAGGAUCCUGCGCAGCACGGUGAUGGUGCGAGUCGGGGGCGGCUGGAUGGCUCUCGAUGAGUUCUUGGUCAAGAACGACCCCUGCAGAGUGACGGUUACUCCAGGCUACUUCCGCUGCAGAGCCCGCGGGCGCACCAAUCUGGAGCUGCGUGAGAAGUUCAUUCUGCCCGAGGGAAUGUCGCAGGGCAUGGCAGCGUUCCGAUCGCGGGGGCGCAAGUCCAAGCCCUCUUCCCGGGCUGCAUCUCCCACCCGCUCCAGCUCCAGCGCCAGCCAGAGCAACCACAGCUGCACCUCUGUGCCAUCGUCCCCAGCAACGCCCGCCAGCGGGAGCAGGACACCACACACUUACUCUCGUGGUUACGACAAACCCUGGCUGGUUAACAGUAAAAGCUCCACCCCAGUUCAGUGCCAGAGCUGCCCCGACCACCAGCCCCCCUCCGAGGUGACGUCGGGCUCCAAGCUGAAGCGCCCCACUUUCCACUCCAGCCGCGGCUCCCUGACAGGCGAGAACGGGAACCAGGGGACCCCCACGAGUGCCAAAUCCAACCGCAGUGAGUCGAAGCGCGCCGGUUCCUCGUUGAGUCGGCCGUCAAGCCGAGCGGGCAGCAAGGCAGGGAGCCGGGCGAGCAGCCGCAGGGGCAGCGACGCCUCGGACUUGGACCUGCUGGAGACACAGUCAGCCUGCUCCGACGUGUCUGAGACCAGCGCCUCAGGGGCGUCCCGCAAGGGGGGCAAGCCCUCCAAGAUACCCACCAUCUCCAAGAAGACCACCUCACCCUCCUCCUCCACCACCAGCCCCAAGACACCCGGCAACAAGAGAUAAUGCAGGAGCAGCAGAGCUCCUGGGAGUCGGGACUGCCCUCGACCAUCUGCACCAACCAGGAGAGCCAGGGCAGCGAUUCAUUUAUACAUGAAUACACUGAAACCUCCUGGUCACUUCUGCUGUGAACAAGGGGAGCUCUGAACCCCAGGACUGGGUGCAGCAGCAGCAGCAGCAGGGCUAGUGUGAGUUUCUAACCCUGCUCAAACU